GAGACGGAGACCCAAACCGAAACAAGACCUGUCGGUCGAAGUUUCUAGGGCUAGUGGUCGAGUACGCUACGCUCUCCUGUGAUCGUGGAGAGAAACGGAGGGAGGAAGGGGAAGAAGGGAAGGGAAGGAUGUGGCACGAGGCGCGGAGGUCAGAGAGGAAGGUCCACGACAUGAUGGACGCGGCCCGGAAGCGGGCGCAGCGGCGCGCCGUGUACCUUGCCAAGCGCCGUGGCGACCCCCAGCAGUUGCUCCAGGUCACCGGUGCCCGCUGCCGCGUCUACCGCGACGACGGAUUGUACCAGGCCGCCCAGGACCAGCAGGGAUUGAUACCAUGGAAUGGAAAGCAAGAUAUCUUGAUUGACAGAUUUGAUGGCCGCGCUCUUCUUGAUUUUAUUCGAGAUUCUAGUUCUCAUGCUUAUAGAGUUCAGCAGAAAACUGAGGAAGAAGAAGAAGUAGAAGAGUUUGUUAAUUUUAAGCGUUACCGGGAUUUAAUUAAGCUUCGACGUAGAGGAUUUACUGAUGAUGAGGGAUUGCAACAUGUUCACCAACAGCUGGAGGCAAAGAAUUCACUUCCAUUUGCAUUUGAAAGGCCGCGAUCCACACAGCUUCCAGUGAGCAAAGGUUCAUACUCACAGGUCCGAUUCUCCUACAAAGGAGAAGGUCAUGAAGAAUCUCACAAUUUGGACAGUGAAAGUGAGGAUGAAGAUAAUGAUGAGGAUGAUGAUGAAAAAGAUUUCAGUAGUGAUGAUAGUAAUGAUGAGAGGAUGGAAACUAUUGCUAAAGAGUUUGGCAUCAAGAGAUACAACUGGCUUGUUUAUAUGGAUAAAAAGGCCAAGGAGGAAGAGAAAAGGCAAAAGGAAAUAAUUAGAGGAGAUCCUGCUAUUAGAAAAUUGAGUCGCAAGGAAAGAAGGAAGGCUUCUCAGAUGGAAAGGGAAAAAGAAAGGGAAGCAGCACAUCUGACAGGAAGGGCACCUCAUCAUGAUCCUUACAGGGAGUCGCGUCAAAGUCCCACAUAUGAAGCUUAUCCCAGGAGCAGAAUAUCAAGAUCCAGGUCCCGGUCAUUUUCACCUUCACAUUCAAGAUGGCAUGAACACAGUUCUCAUGCUGAUAAUGGGCAUCGAAGCAAGUCGAAGCCUCCGAAAAUUGAAUAUAUUACAGAGUUUGGUGGUACAAACAACUUGGACCAAAAAUUUGGAGGAGUCUCCCCACCAUCAUCUCCAUUGCAAGCUGAUCUAUCAAACCGGGCAUCAGGUGGUCGAAUUCUUGAGGCACUUCAUGUUGAUCCUGCAUCUGCUAUGUCUCUUGAACAGGAAAAGAAUGCUAAAAUGUUGAGACCACCGAUCAGCUCACCGUCGUCGUCGUCGUCGUCGUCGUCAGCAAUAGCAAAACUUAGUAAAACUCCUCUUGGGGCAUCCUCGAAAACUCAACAGGACAAAAGAAAGGAAACUCCUCAAGAACGCCUCAAACGGAUUAUGAGUAAACAACUGAAUAAACAAAGUAAGGUUUCUGACUUAGCUGUGGUAGCAGCACUAUAUGGUUCUCUCUACAGUACAGAAUAUUUUCAUGGAUAAUCUGAGAAUCUUUUUAUUUCUGAAGUCUCGAUUUAGAUGCAAAAUUUUGGCAUGUGGCUGCUCAUGUGUCUGUUCUACAGUUCGGAAAGAUACUGCUGCUGCUCCACCAAGGUACACAGAACUUGUUUGUGUAGUAUGAAUAUCACAUUGUAAGGUUCCAUGUUUGCAUUUUCUGCUGGUAUGUUUGCCAAUUUGCUCAGUAAGUAAAAGGGUUUUAAACUGGUGGGCUCAGAGUUCAGUCUUGCUUCUGAUUUUCAUUGAUGAUAAAACCAGAGAGGCAUAUUUUUAGUUACUUCUAGUUUUGUAUAUCCGUUAUGACAACCUGUCGUUGAAUUUAACAUGGGAAAAGGAACAUUCUCAACCUA